CCGACGACCCAGACAAGUCCGACGACGCCUAACUGCGGUUCGUGCACAUGGCAUUUGAUCGGCUGGUCGACCACGCUAAGGCCGUUAUCACCCCUAGCGUGGUCACUUGGAAUGCUCUGUUCGAAGUGAACCGUACCGAGCUGUCGAAAGAGAGGACGAAGCCGUUCCACUUCCGGUUUAAGCCCGAAACACAGAGGAGGUACGGACUCGUGGUCAAGCAGCUGCUCGCUUACUUCGUACGCUGCAUGUCUCUCGAUAACGAGGCGGAUCGACCACCGUUCAAGCUUAGCACGGGGCAGCAGACUGCGUAUAAUACCAACGAGGGCGGCCGUGACCCGGACGUACCCGGUAUCGCCGGGCUUCUCGACGGGCUCGAGACGGCCGUUCUCGAGUUAUAUAUCUCCGUUCUCGACCACUUCACCAAGGACUCCGAGUACGAUAGCGUUCUCGUCAGCUUUUUGACCGUUCUUAGUAUACGGGCGGACGGGGCGUAGGAAGGGUACGGUGGGUUCACGCCGAAGCUCUCCGCUAUUAUGGUGAUCUCCCGGCUCUAUAUCGUUAAAUAUACGGUGGACU